CACACAUUUCGUUAGCUGCCUAAAAGGGCUUGCUAAUCAUGUUUUCAGCUGUUGUACGAAGCAUGAGGAGCGAGAAACCGUAACGCAAAUCUUGUUUGCAAUGGGGCUGGAGUUCUGGAGAAGAAUGCAACUGCUGAAUUGGACAUAAUUCGGUUCCCCUUUAUUGUGCAAUCACCACCUCUAUUCGGUCACACCUCUCGUAGCCCGAUUACUUUGCUUCCUUUGUUUGCUUCCAUGUUGGAACAUCCACGGAUCUGAGUUACAAUCCUUAGAAUCAAGAUGUGAGGAGAAUGCUGCCUUUGUUAUUCCCAUGAGGAGUCAGGAUGCGUUCAAUGAAGAGGAAUCAAUCAUCGCAUUAUACAAGCUCUCAAUCAAGUGACAAUCAAAAUGAACAGAGGCCUUUUCAUCCACUUCCGGCGACGCGCAAUAUUUCCUUUGCAGAAGCAGUGCUUUGUCGUCGACCGGAGAGUCUACACCUGCAGUUUCAUGGAACGAAAGGAAUGAUCAGGCCUGUGGUCGUAUUGAUAAAAGGCAGCCCACGCCUUAACCGCGGAAGAACCAUGUUAUCUCAAGAGAUUUUGAAAAGCAAUGGAUGCCAAACGCAAGCGAGCAGGUACGCCACAUGAUGAGGACGACGACGAACGCAGUCCGUCGAGGCCGAAUGUGAAAAGACGAAGAAUCCACAGCUUUGCAGAUCAGCCAGAGGCUGAGGCUGGACGAGUUGAAUCCGGAGACGAGCCGGACGCAAGCGAAUCGAACGGAGAAGGAGUGAAAGAGCCUCCCGAGAGCGAGGACGGGGCUCCGUAUUCGAGCCAGAACAUCCUGGGGACCAUGCAGAGAGAGGCCGCGGAGCAGUUCGCGGUGCUGCUCCGACACUUCCGGUGCUCGUCCAAAGGGGCACACGAGGCGAACCCGUUCGUGAGCCCGUUCGCGGACCUCAACGACGACCAGGUCGUGGUGGCCAUCAUGGCCGUCACCGAGGCGAUCCGCGACAGGGGCGGCGCGCACGCGUUCGACGUGACGGCCCAGUCGCGGGUCCAGGUGGCCAAGUUCGACGGCCUGACGGAGCCGCAGCGGCAGAACAUCCGCUCGCUGCGUCCUCGGCGGCCGCUGCUUCUCCCCUGGCUGUACAACCCGGUCGAGCAAAGGUACACGUACCGGCGGGAGCGCGGCGAGACCGGCGAGGGGGACACCAUGGCGGACGCGUGCAAGGAGAUCCAGCGCGCGGGCCAGAGGCGCAAGGCGCACAUCUUCCUCGUCCUCGUCCACAUGCAGCUCGACGUGUGCGAGCUCCGCUUCUUCGACAGCUACCCGGACCUGCCCUUUCGGUCCGGAGACGAGUGGCGGCGCGUGGGCGACACCAUCCGCACGCUCGUCUCCAACGUGGGCUGGUUCCGCGACGUCGACGACCCGGGCGACCAAGGCGGCGACGUCGUCUUCGGGCCUGAGGUCGACGUGCGCGUCGCUCAGCAAGGCAACGGCUGGGCCUGCGGCCUCCACACGAUCCUCAACGCCUGGACCGUGGCCAUGAAUCUGGUGCCGAAUCCAAACUUCCGCGUCCUCGAGCGCGGCAGCGAGGCCAGCCACUUCUACACGCAGGCGGCCGAAGUCGUCAACCUGGUGGUUGCGGGGCACGCCGAUUCGGACCUGAUCUACAGCUAUCUGGUGGGCUACGGAUUCGCCCUACCGCAGAUGCAGCGAGGCCAGUGCCCGCGCUUCGGCCUCCUUGCGGACUUGCACGACAUUCGCAACGUGAGCUCGCUGGAAGAAGGGAUCAAGCUCAACCAUGCGAUAGAAGAGAGUCUGGUGGGCGUGGGUGUGAAGGCCGGCUUCGCCAUCGAGUCCACGACAGGGACCACGUCUCGGCAGUCCGGGCAGGCAGGCGCGUCCUCGAGCUCAUACGAGCGGGCAGACGACGAUCAAGACACAGACGAAGACACCAGCGAGCGCGACUACGUUGAUCCGACCGUCUUGGCGGACGAGGAGUUCGCCAACCUGGACUGCAUGAGCGUCUGGCGCGUGCUCCACGCGGACAGGAGCAAGCAGCAGCUCCCGGCUCGGUACAGGAACGUCGUCGACGGGUCUUCGCGUUACUUCCGAAGGUUCUACAUGGAGCUGCUCAGCCCCGAGUUCGCCGCGUGCUCGGACGAGCAGGUCAAGAUCAGCUUCGACCGAGCGCGGCUGGAAUUCGAGGCCUUGAUGAACUUCGAGGCGUUCAAGUACAACGUCGAGUCCAAGGGCAUGAUGCUCACGAAGCAGCUCGCGUACUACAGACAGAUGGCGCAGGGUUUCCCGAUCAGCCAGUUGCAGAGACGGCAGCUGCGGACGCUGUACGCUGCGUUUGCACGCGAAGUACAGGCCGCGCGGGCAGCGGCGUCGAGCGCGCAACGGCGGAAUGGCGAUGGCGACGAGAGACCACAGAACACAGGCGAGGAGCGAGGUGCUGGUUACCAGGAAGAACACACGAAGAAAGACGGUUGACGCGACCGAGCGAGGACAACAAGCAGCGAACGAUGGAAGAGCGAAGCCGUUUGUAAACUAGCAAUUAAGUUCCGUAAAUCUUAACGAUAUUGUC